GCGAGCGAAUAAAAACCCAGGUGAAAGAUUGCUCUGCUACUCCAAAUCUUGUCUAAUAAUUUCACAAAUCCCUCGCGAUCGCUUUCGCAAUUUCUGCAACUCCCAGCUCGCACACAUUUCCACGCAGUAACCGUCGUGAUUCGCUGAUUAUUGAAGCCGAUUUUACGAUUCAAUUGAAAAAUGGCCGCUUCUUGUUGCUCCACUCCCGUCUUCUCAAUCUCCCGCCCCCAUACUCGUUUCCGAGUUGUCUCAGCAAGUCAAUUGCCGCAGAUAAACCGGCUCGGGCUCUCGUUUCAGCCUCAGAGGAGACUCGAUGCCCGAAAAUCAGUGCUUGUGUCAAGCCUUGGGGAUAGCAGAACUGCAGUUGUCACUGGCAAGUCGUGGGACAAACUGAUCACAGACAGCGGAUUACCUGUGCUCGUUGAGUUUUACGCCAGCUGGUGUGGACCAUGUCGCAUGGUUCAUCAAGUAAUUGAUGAGAUAUCCACUGAGUACUCUGGGAGACUGAAAUGCUUUCUUCUUAAUGUGGACACUGACUCGCAAAUUGCUGAAGACUACGACAUCAAGGCUGUGCCCGUGGUUUUGCUGUUCAAGAAUGGUGAGAAGCGCGACACUGUUAUUGGCACCAUGCCAAAAGAUUUCUAUGUGGCUGCCAUUGAAAGGGUUCUGUCUUCAUAAAUCUGAGAUUCGGCUUAUCAAGAUGGAAAGGUUGAGAUUUUCUGCAAACGAUUGAUACACGGUUUUUGCUCCGCCUGUUGAAUUUACUCGUGUUAUUGAACGGUACAUUGUCGAUCGAAGCCUCUCUAGUGUUGCCACUUUUGCGUGUACAGCCGUACAGGUUAUGGUUUACCCAACUGUUUUAGAUGCAAGAAUGUAAAGAUGCAUUUUUUGAUGGCU